GAGCCAGCCUGGAAAGCAGUCGAUAAGCGUCUACGAUGUGGUGCUGCAAAACGGUAGUUUUGCUAUUUUUUGCAUUACUUCUUGCAGCACACGCUCCUCCACUACAGCUUUCAAGCAGAAAUACUGCAUUAUACUUCACUGCAUUCAAGGGUCUUCGUGUUUGCAAGCCGCCCUCUUUACUCGAAAAAAGAGUGUGUGGUUUAAAACGUCUCUCCAUUGUGAAGGGUGACCAAUUAUUAAUGCUGUUCUGGAGACCUGAAGUAUGUCAUGAAUUUGGAUGUAAAUGCUUGCCUGCUGCUGAGGUUGCUUACGAAAAUUAUAACUCAGCUGGCAAAAACCUUUCUAAAGUCAGACUUCAACAACGAUAUCGGGAAUUUGAAUGUGCCUAAUGUGACAUGACUGCUUAAUUAUGCUGCAUACAUCACAUUAUUGUUUGACAGAGUUUCAUGUUGCUAAAUAAAGUGUUAUGGUGAGAAACCACGUCCAUGUUACCCCUAAUGCACAUGUAACUGAUGUGAAUAACAGUGGUAAGAAUUCAAGAUAGCUCAGAUAUCCUCCCACUCCAUGAAUGAAUAGACAGUAUAUCUGAACCAGAACACAGCCGGCUGUAUAAACAACAUCUAGUGAUUUCAGCUCCCACUGCAGAAGAUGGUUCC